AUGAACGCACCACCAGAUGUACCCUCACAGGGGACCCACAAAACCGAUGACACCCUCCCAGAAGCAGGCUGGGGUCAGCUCACACCCCCGGCCUCGUCAUCGCCAGACGGCGAUGCUGCACCAAGCCACUACGACAACCUCAAUCGCGAGCGACAACCGAUCGUCGCGGCGCCCACCUUUCCCGUCCUUAACGAGUCGUUCGCACCUCCGCUGUCAUGCACAGCGGCCGACAACGGCCCCACUUCACCGAAGGAGGCCCACCCGAGUGACGAUCCAAGAGACCACGAAAACAUCUUUACGGCCGGGAUCCCUCCCAUGACAACCCAAAAGCUCGCACGGCUCAAGAACAAAACCAAAGAGGCCAUAAAGCGGAAUGUGCAUCCCCGCCGGCACCCCGACGAGGCUGCGGGCGACGACGAAGCAGAGGAUGACGACGACGAGGUCACCUCCUCGCACAAGGGCAGCCGCAAGACAAAACUUGCCUCGUUCGUGACGCAUCCGCGAACAGCGAUAAAGGAGGCAUUGACCUCAACCAUCGCCGAGCAGGUCUCGGACUUGAAUACUCCGCACGUGCCACACUCGGCACACUCGGCCUUCGUCAAGGCGCAUGAGCGCAAGGAAUCUGCACUGCACUACGAUGAUGUCCAGGGCGCAGUACUGGCUGACAAGUCCAUCGAGGAUCUCGAGGUCCAGAUGCGGAAUAUGCGCAUGGGCGUGGUCAUGGGCAGGCAUAUCAAGAGAGUCCAUGUGGUGCCGCAUCGGAGAAGGGAUUUUCCGCACAAGAGCGAGUUCUUGAUCAGAGACAAAGACGGAGAGGUCGUUAGGGACGAGCUGGGCGUUGAACAGGUGGACUACCUUUUGUGGCUAGGUCAGUACCUUAUCUACAUGACCCAAGAUGUUACCUCGCAAUACAUUGAAGACUGGAACCAGCCUCCGGAGCCACUGACUGUCGACCGUCUCCGCUGCCACAUCGAACGCAUCUUUAUUGCCUCGCAACCUUGGCAGCACUGGUUGAUCCAUGUACGCGAUGUCUAUCGAUGGAAAGACCCGUACGAGACCGCCCGCUGGGCCAUCCUCUACUGCAUUCUGUGGCAAUACUCGCAGAUCGUCUCCUUCGCUCUGGGCUACAUGAUCCUCAGCACCUUGAAGAACUACUUCAUCCCGACGACCGUUUCCAGCCUCCGCAGAGCCACAGCCCAGGCGCAGGGCCGCACCAUAGCAGCCCAAAAACUAAACCAAAUGCUCAGCCACUCGGGGCCCUCCGCCGUCCUUUCGGCGCUCGAAUCGGAUCUUGGCCCUUGGGCCCAGCUCCAACUCAGCGAUGUGGCCAACAUGCUGGAAGUAUUCAAUAAUUUCACGGAGUGGCACGCACCUCGCGCAACAAUGCUCGCACUGAUCUUCUUCUUUUCCGUUUUCCUCGUCGCCGCUAUCGGCGAUAGAGAACUCUGCGUGCGCCUCGUGUUCUUCGCUUUAGGCGCACUGUUCUUCGGCGCUUGGCCAAUCGCGAGCCACUAUCCGAAGUAUAGAUACCUCGUUUCGCCCGUGAAAUGGGCCUUCUGGGGCGUGCCAACGCAUGCCGAGUGGGCGUUUGCUGAGCUGCGGCUGGAGGCGCAAACGAACCGGGAGCGGCUCAUCUACCGGAAGCUUGACGAGGAAGACGAGGGCGUGGGGGAGGGCGUUGGGGAGGAGGGCGACAGCGAUCGCGGCAGCGAGGCAUCGUUUCGGAGCACCCACUCGUUCGGCGCCUCGCCGCUCGACGGUGCGGAAAACAUCGCUAUGUACUCGUGCCACCAUAAGCGCCAGCGCGGGAACUUGGUUGUCGCACCCGACGGCGUGCGCUUCGAGGGCCACGGUAAGCGCCAGAUCCACUGGGAGAAACAGUGGAAGGACCUGGUUGAGAUCGCGAAGGUCAGCGAUGGGGCGGGAAGUAGGCUGGUCGGCGCGGAGGGUUUGAAAUUGGUGUUUUUGCCCACGCCGGCGGGGGAGGGCGGGGUGGAUGGGAUGGAAGGGAUGGGCAUGGGUGAGGAGACGGAGGAAACGGUCGAGUUGACGCGCAUGGGCAGGAGACGGGACGAGGCUUUUGGAGCUAUCGUCGGGUUUUCGGGGUUGAAGUGGCAGUGGUGCGGAUAA